AUGGUACAGGGCCAGCCGCCAGGAUUAGCGAUCACCUAUAAGGAACUGUCUUUGCCUCGAGACCUGGUUGACGGGAAGCAAAAGUUGGCUGGAGCUCACCGUCAACGCUGGAGUCGCCUAACCGGCGCACUAAAAGGUGGGCUAGGACAAAUCUGCGCAUUAUUCUGGAACAUUGCACAUCACCGACUCCGUUCCGGAGGACGGAGCAAUACACCUGUUGUUACAUUACUUCAGCCCAACAUCUGCCGUAACGCAGCGGUAUUAUUCAAUGCCUUCCUCGAAGGCCACGAUCUAUGUUCGGCCGAUUUUGGCCGAAUAAAGGAUAAAAUUCGCCCCUCCCAAGCUCAGGGAGGAGAGCGGCUUUUAACUGGGCCUUGUUCGCACCUUCAUAUUUCAGCUGCAGACGAUUAUCUUCCAAGAUCCAACUGCAAUCCUUUGAGCAACAGCCGUAAAUCUCUCGAGCUUCGAGAAAAUGACCGUAUCCAUACGAGCGUUUCCGUUGAUUACGCUGUGGCAGCAGAAUUACUAACGCGCUUCCAAUUUCGCGAAUACGACGAUCAGCCUGAAGGAGCUGCGUCUGGUAGCUCACCCGAGCCAACAUUUACCACAGGCACUCGGGCGUGUCCGGACCCCCGUGUUGUGCGUACGAAUAUCCCGAUCUCCCUCCCUUCGGCGCACUCGUUUCCCGAUUGGGGUGUUUUUGUGGCCGAUGCGCACUGCCAACGUUCCGCUGCGGGUUAA